CCCAUCUCAAAGAAUCCUUCAAAACCCUUCUCUUAAAUUCUUGAUUCCACAAAGAAAGCAAGGAACUUUACACAAAAUCAGCCCAAAUGAUGAAGAGCGAAACGACCACCAUUGAUGUACCAGAGUCGAGCUCGGUGGCUAAAGGGAAAGCUCCUCUCAUUGGGGAAGUGAGAGAACAUCCAUCAGGAGGGUACAAAAGAGGACUCUCCAUCUUUGACUUCCUUAUUCGCGUAGCCGCCAUUGUUGCAGCUCUUGCUGCCGCCGCCACUAUGGGUACUAGCGAUGAGACCCUCCCAUUCUUCACCCAGUUCUUCCAGUUUCAAGCCAGCUACGACGAUCUUCCUACUUUUCAGUUCUUUGUGAUUGCCAUGGCAAUAGUUGCAGGGUACCUUGUCCUGUCUCUUCCAUUCUCCGUAGUUACAAUCGUUCGCCCACUCGCAACCGCUCCAAGACUCCUCUUGCUCGUUUUGGACACUGCGGUUCUAACGCUGAACACGGCGGCGGCCUCUGCAGCUGCAGCACACAGCUGGAAGCCGAACACGAACUGGCUUGCGAUAUGUCAGCAGUUUGGAGAUUUCUGUCAGAAAACAAGCGGAGCCGUCGUCUCUUCCUUCAUCGCCGUCGUCUUUUUCACUCUUCUCGUCGUCAUAUCAGGCGUCGCCCUCAAACGCCACUAGUUUCCACUACUUGUAUCUGUGUGUGUGUAUUACGUACAGGCUCUUAUAUAUAAGACCAUGAACCAUGGCUUUUGUAUGUUCUCUUCCUGUUUUUUUUUUUAUAUUACAUAGUUUAUGGUUCAAAAAAAAACUCAAGAAGAGCCUGUAUCUGUGAAACAUAUUAGAUACGAUCCUUUGUGUUAA